AUUCUCUCUCUUUUCCAACUCAUUUGAUCAAAAAUCAGAUAAAAAAGACUCACCAAAAUGGAACUUGAAUUGGGACUCAAGCUCACCAGAGAAUUAAAUGAUUUUGCCGCGGCUGAUCUUCUAAUCGCCAAGGAUCGAGAUGGUCCUCUUUUCUUGUCUGGAGAAACAGAAACCAUGUUUAUCCUCACUGCUCAUCUCAAAGGUUACAAGAGAGAGAAUAUAAAGAUUGACAUCAUUGAGGGUGGGACUAUAAUUACAAUAGGGGGUGAAAAGCUGGUCCCGGAGAUGGUGGUGGUGGGAGGAAAAGUGCUAAAGAAAGAGGAGGUGAUGAGGGGAUUCAGAAAGGCUUUCACAAUUCCUGGUGUAGUGAUUUUGGACAAAAUCAAGGCGAAUUUAAAUGAGGAUGAAUUGCUUUUGACAAUUACAAUGCCAAAAUCAGUUAAAGGUGUUACCAGGAUUCAGAUUGUAGAGGUGAAGGAAGAUAUGCUAGCUUGGGGGUUUUCGGGAUCACUGGAUUUUAUAGGUGACAAGGUCACCGAGAAAGAGAAAAUGAAGCAAGAUGAAUAUGGAGAACCUGAGAUUGUUGAUGUUAAACAAACUGAUCAAGCUAAGCAAAAAUUGCCAGAAGAAUAUGAACGACGAGAGGGGUAUGAAAAUUUGAGUCCUGGGAAAGAAGAACCCGCUGGUUCAAAGGUGAUGCACCAAGAAGAAACUCAAGGAGAAGAGGCUAAUAAUUCGAAAGAACGGGCAAAGAAAAAAAAGGAAGUGGAGAGUCAGCUGCGAGGAAAAGAAUUAGAGGAAGAGAAAACAAGUCAAGGUGUUCGAGCACCAGAGGAAUUCAAAGGUGAUCAACAACUUCAUCAAGCUGAAGAUCAAGAUCAGCAUAAAGAAAAUAAAAUCGUUCGCGGGAAAGAAAUUGAUGGAAGAGAAAAUGAUACUCAUGAAGAAGUAAAUGGGGCAAAAAAGACAGAAGAAGGUGAAUCUUCGAGGGCGGAGAAGGAAUACCCCCGUGAUCAAUCAACUCAAACAGGGGAGACACCUACAAAGAGGUUCAAGAUCUGUGCUCCUAUGUUUGCAGGAUCGGCAUUGCUGGUCUCUCUUAUAGUGUUUGUAAUUCAUGUUUUUAGAGAUAAAAGCCAACAAAGCAAAAAACAGUAG